ACUACCAAAGAAGUGUGGAAGAGCCGAGGAAACUUAACUGGCAGAGAGACCUUAGGGAACGCUAUGGAGGGAAUUCCAGACUACCUCGUUAUACAUCUAAGCAGUAUUACAACUCUUCAACUUUAGAUUCCUCGGCAUAUACAAGCACUGAGGACGAGGAAUCGAUUCCCAGCAAAGCUGACCAUUAUUUUUUAGGCGCACGCCCAAAGGAAGGGCCUGGAGCAAUAGGGAAGAAAAAUCCACGCUACCCGAUAGAGAGAGACGCCUAUCCUCAGCGGUAUCGAAACAACAGCAACAACCAGAGGAGGUAAAUCAACUUGUGGUUAAUUUAUCCUCUGUUACACUUACUGAGACUGAACUUAAAGUCCUUAAUAAAGGCCUAGGCUUUGUACCUAGUUAUUCUAUAGACCUUUUCGAUUGGGAGGUGGACUUUUAUAAGUUUAUUCGCUCUGCUAAACUUAAAAUGAAUUUUUCAGGGGUAAAACCUAACACUGCUAUGCCUGAUUUGAAAUUGCCGAUUUUGAAAAAGAAAAGUACAUUUAUCCCUGAUGUAACAUGUGGGGCCCUCGAAAUGUUUACACAGGUGGUCACUGAGGAGGUGAAAAAAGUGUGGGGUAACAAUAGUGGGGUCCGCAAUAAUCUUAAUUAUGAAGAAAGGAAAGCAUUAACCACCCUUAAAAACAAUAAAGAUAUUGUAAUAAAAAAGGCGGAUAAGGGGGGAGCGGUGGUCAUAAUGGAUAUAUCUGCAUAUAGAACAGAGGUUAUGAGACAAUUGGAGACCCCCGGGCACUAUUCCCUAAUUGAAAGCGAUCCAACAAUUAAACUUAAAACGUUAAUUGAUACAAUGGUGUUUGAUGCUUAUACUGCAGGAACAAUAGAUAAGAGCACUAAGGAAUAUCUUAUUACAGACUUUCCCAGAAUACCAAUGCUGUAUAUAUUGCCAAAAAUUCACAAAACACUAGAGAAUCCACCUGGAAGACCCAUAGUGUCCGGAAUAGGGUCAGUACUUGAACCCCUCUCCAAACUCGUUGAUCGACAUCUACAAGGUUUAGUUUGUAAUUUGCCUACAUGCCUUAAAGAUACGAAUGAGUUAUUGUUAAAAUUGGAUAAGGUUCAUAAUAUAUCCCCAGGUAUUUGGCUCUGUAGUAUCGACAUACAGAGCCUUUUUACUUCAAUACCCCAAGAUGAGGGGAUUAAAUGUGUGGAGGAUGCUCUCUUGGAAACUAAUUUGUCUAACUCAUAUGUUUAUUUCUUAAUUGACUGCCUUGAAAUUGUAUUAAAAAAGAAUUAUUUCAAAUUUGACGAUCUUUUCUAUUGGCAGAAACAAGGGACGUCGAUGGGUUCAGCGGUCGCCCCAUCCCUUGCAAAUUUAUUUGUAUAUGAUUUGGAGAAUAAAUUAUUUCUGAGAGAGCCAUAUUUGCAGUAUAUUAGAUGCUACUAUAGGUAUGUGGAUGACAUACUGAUCCUUUGGGAUGGACCGUUAGAGGCAUUUAAUAAUAUGGUGGAUACUGCAAAUGAGGCCCACAAUACAGUCAAAUUUACCAGUGAGUCAUCCAACCAAACUAUUAGUUUUUUGGAUGUACAAAUUAAAAUAGAAAAUGGGGGCCUAUGUACAAAUUUGUAUCGGAAACCAAUGGACCGAAAUAAUCUCCUCCACAGUAAGAGUUUCCAUAACCCACGAACACUGGAUGCGAUCCCUAAGGGACAAUUUAUGAGAGCCAAGAAGAUAGCAUCCAGUGAAGUGGGUUAUAAACAUGCAAGUAGCGAUCUGACAGAAAGGUUUCUGCAAAGGGGAUACCCCAAAGGUAAACUUAAAGCAGUGGUAGAAGAGGUGAAAGGGAUGGACCGUGCUGCUUUAUUACAGCCCAAACAAAAGCAGGGUGAGACGGAUAGAUUAACCUUCGUAAGUACAUACGACAAAAGGAGUAAGAAGGUAGAAAAGAUAGUGAAACAAUAUUGGCCACUUCUGCAAACUGAUGCUAUCUUCGGAAAAGUUUUUCGAAUCCCCCGCGGUUCUCGUAUAAAAAGGGUAAGUCAAUAAGAGACACAUUAUGUGCCAUUUCAAGAGUGGAUAAUAGCAAUACUGUGUUUAAAGGUACACCAAAAGUAGGCACAUACCCGUGCAUGAAUUGCAACUGUUGCAAUUCCAUUAUAAAAGGACCUUGUAUAAAUCAUCCCAUUACAGGUGAGGUAAUCAAACUAAAGUCAUACGCCACAUGUAAAACCAGCCACGUAAUUUAUGCUCUGAAAUGUCCCUGCGGGAAAAUGUACGUAGGGAAGACAAUAAGGUCUGUCAGUACUAGGAUAAAAGAGCAUAAAGGCAAUAUACGCAAUUUUAAAAAUGAUACCUAUACUGACACUCCUGUAGCCAGACAUUUUGAUACUGUAAAACAUAAUGUAUGUCAGCUAAAGUGGAUAGUGUUAGAGACAGUAGCAAAACCCAGUAGAGGAGGUGAUCAUAACUUGAUACUAUUGCAGAGGGAGGCAAGAUGGAUAAAGCGCUUGGAUAGUGCUUAUCCGAAAGGGUUAAAUGAGCAGUGCAAUUUAUCAUGUUUUCUUUAAUAGUAAUGGCUUGUCGUCCUUUGUUCCCAGGAAUUAUAACUAGAUUCCAAGUUGUAAUGACAUGGAACUCCUGCUGCAUUUACAUAUGGGUCUUUUACAGGUUAGGCGGAUUGAGCAGUAACCUGGUUUUAACAUUAUGUUUCAGUGGGAUUUCAACAUGUAUUAUAUGAAAUAAUGUGUGUCACUUUUAAUAGCUAGAUGAAUUGGGUCACAAUAAGUUUUUACAAUAUUUA